AUGAGUGAGGAUAGCAGUAACAACAAUAGCAGCAGCAGCAAUAGAAAUGAAGACGCGACGAAUGAGAUAGACUCCUCAUCGUUUGCCAGCAUUUUGGCCGGUGUCAAACGAAUGCGACAAGAAUACGGAGGGGACCAUGAGAUUACAGUCAAGAAGAAGCAAACUAUACAACAACAACAACAACAACAACAACCAUCAGCAACAGCGGCAGUACGAAGCACGACCACAUUGAGCGCGUCAGAUCAAUUGCAAACGCUGAGACCGCCAAUUGUCAAUAUCAGGGAAUCAAGAACAACUUUGGACAAGCCCACAGCAGAGCCCAUUCCACCUGCGCAUCCUGGCUCCAGCGACAACUCACCCCAGCCUCAGUCCAAGUCUCAGCAGGAGCCGCUGGCGCUACAGAGAAACGCGUCAGAUGCAACUUUGGCUCGAUCCGCAAGGCACAUACAUCAACAAUCGAGAUCAGCAGGACCUGCCGAAGUACUAGUACACAAAUCUCAAGAAAAGAACCCGUUAUUGAGCGAAUCAAUGAUGAAAACCACCCCCUGGGUGUUUGACUCGUCAAUCUUAUCGGACUACUACAUAAGCCCAACUUUCCAAAUUCUUUUCUUAUCCCUCAAAUACCACAAAUUGAGACCAGAAUACAUAUGGACGCGAUUGAAAAAAUUAAACAAGGGCUCAAGCAUCGUUGAAAACAGAAAUGACCGCGUGCUACGUGUGCUAUUGGUGGUUGUCGAUAUCGAUUCGCAUCAGGAGCCGUUGAGAAAAUUGGCCGAUUUCUGCAUCAAACACGACUUGUCCUUGAUGCUCGCGUGGUCAUUUGAAGAAGCUGGCAAUUACAUUGCCUUGGGCAAGCAUUUCGACAAUGCACCGCAAAAGUCAAAAAAGAGCAUACAAGGUUUUAAGGGCACCGAUUACAAUUCGAGCGUGGUCGAGGCGCUCACUACAGUCAAGUCGGUGAACAAAACCGACGUUUCGAAUCUAUUGGCCAAUUACAAAUCAGUAAAGGAGAUCGUGCUCCAUAGCUGCAAAAAUAAUGAAGAGAUGGGGAACAUAGCAGGUCUAGGGUCCGCUAAACGACAAUAUUUGAAGCAGAUGUUUCUGGAGCCGUUCAUUUUCAACAGGGAUUAUGAUAAAUGA